UUGACAGAUUGCACACUUUAGAGUCAUUAGUUUUUCACAGAAUAGUUUAAGUGUUUCCCGGAUUUAAAUGACUAUCCUUAGCGUAUGUUUAGUUAUCUUUGUGAUAACAAGAAUCGACGAAGUCGACGCGCUGCAUUGUUUGAGCUGUACAGCUGUUAUCUCUCCACGACAUUGUCAUACUAUACAAAAAUGUGAUCAAGGAAAGGUAUGCUUUACCCAGAGGUACACAGGAAUUAAUGGAGAAGUUCUAUAUGACACGGGAUGUCACACCCCAUCAAUCUGUUCUAAACGGAAGUUACCUGGAGCGUUAAGGAGCCACAACCCUGCCUAUGCCCACACUGAACAGUGUAUAGAAUGCUGUACCUCUGAUGCCUGUAAUCAUAAAGGAUGUGGGGGAUUAGAUUAUCCAAGUAAAAGAGGUCCAUUGUGUUUCAACUGUCCACAAUCUGUAGACCCUGUCACAUGUAGUUCUGUAAAAGUUUGUGAUGAAAAUGAGAUAUGCCAUCUCCGGGAAGAGGUGGAAUUUGGCGACUCAAUUUUUGUGCAAUCCUGCUCCCAAAAGCAUAUAUGUGACAGUGGAAGCCCAAACAUCUUUGGAAAGAGAUCAGUUGAACGUUGUCUGAAGUGUUGUGACUCUGAUCUUUGUAACCUAGGAUGUAUCGACUCUUUUCCAUCAACGACAUUGACAUUGACAACAACAACUACUAUGUCAACAACUCCAACCACAACGCCUUCAACUACUACAACACUGAAGUAUCCCUCUCCGUUUGAUUGCUGGGAAAUCUUUCAUAAUGGUAAUAAUACCACGGGCAUAUACCAAAUUUAUCCUUGGGGUUCCAGUGGGAAGUCAGUAGACGUCCUCUGUAAUAUGGAUGUAGAACUUAGAGGCUGGACGGUGUUUCAAUGGCGGUACCCUUGGACUGAGAAUUUUAACAGGAACUGGGAGAAAUAUAAGAAUGGAUUUGGUAAUGUCUCUAGCGAAUUCUGGCUUGGAAACGAGAUCCUUCAUCUUUUGACAACACCACACCGAACACUAUUUUAUAUCGGUGUUACAAGUAUUAAAGGCGGCUCAUGGUAUGAAAAAUUUGACAACAUGAAAAUUGCAUCUGAAGCCCAUAAAUACACCAUUACUCUAGGACAGGCCUCUGGAACUGCUGGCGAUCGAAGUACCAAUAAAUCUGCGAAUUCUGCCGGUUCAAUGGAUGGAAUGCCAUUCACAACAUACGAUAGAGACAACGAUUUGAGUUCCACUAACUGUGCAUCAGCUCACAAAGGAGGGUGGUGGUUUAACAACUGUUACUAUAUUUUUCUGAAUGGUCCAAAAUCAGAUAGUUAUUACGUUAGUAUUAUUAACUCUCCAAAUAUUAAUUCAUCCAUUCUUAUGAUAACGCGAACGUAGCAUCCAAAUAUAUAACAAAUAUUUCGAAUUACAGUUGCUUUUUUUUCAAGAAAAAGGAAGUCUUCAUUAAUUAAUUACUCUUCGUACAAAUUGUAAAUAG